AUGGAUGUAGAUGACAAUGGCGCAAAGUUUUUUGGCAUGAAUAAAUAUGAAAAUUACAUAAAUCAAAAAAAACCCAAAGAAAAUAAGAACGGCAUUUCAAACGGAAAGGGGGAGGACAUAGAUCGCGCCACUGGAGAAUACGAUAAGAUUGACGCACACGAGGAGAAUGACCAGUCGUACGAAGGAUUCGUCACCAUUUCAGACCAGUCUUCAUGUGUGAGCUCCGUUUACAGAAACGAUUAUUAUGAUGACGAUGAGGAGGAGGUGCAGGAGGAUGAGGAUAAGGAUGGGGAUGAGCAAAAUGCCAACCGUGCCGAUGAAGACGAAAAGUUUAACUCCGUGAAUGGGACCAACCGGUCGAGCUCACCCUAUCACCCCCACAGGAACGUCAAAAACAGUUCCGACGACUCCAUGUCAGAUGAGGAAUACGCAACGUAUAUAGAUCAGAAGGAAAAGUAUGUGAAUAAAAUUCUCAACAGAGGGGACACCAAUAGUUACGAAGACAACGAUGCUUUCUUGGAAUCGCUCGAAAAGCCAGGGAAAAAUUUGGGGAAGAAAAGCAACUGGAAGAGGCUUUUUUCCUUCAGCAAGAAUGGCCACCCAGCGGAGAGAAACGAAGGGAUUAGACCCUCCGAGCGUAGCGAACCCGUAGAGAAGGCGGCUCGUUACGGGGAAGCGGACAGUGAUCAACCGAAAAGUGCAAGUUGCGCGAAUGAGAGUUCGCCGCAGGGGGAGGGCAGUUCGGGCGAUCCUCGCGAUGGUAGCAGUGAUAACCACACGGGUGGGAACUCCGAUGCGGCGCGCGAGGGGGACGAAGGAAAAGGCGGUAAAAACGGUAAAGAAGAGGAGGAGUGUAAAGACGGUAAAGAUGACAAAGAAGACGAAGACUGUAAAGACGGUAAAGGCGGCCAAAACGACGAUGAGGACGAGGAAGAGGACGACCUGUACUCCGUCAUCAGCGGGUCCGAGGGGGACAACGAAAUUUUCCUCGCCACGCACAGAAGCAACAACGCGGGCACGGCGGCCCCACCAACAGAAGCCCAGCGGCAGGAUAGAGAAAUCCCCAGGAAGGAGGAACACCAAACAGGUGCGGCCCCUGCACCUAGGAGGAUUAAAUUCGAAGACGAAAUAGUGCAAAGCGCCGAAGCGGAUAAAGGGACGACGCCGAAUAAAGAGGAACGGCGGGAUGAGAAGAAGGAACAAAUUGCCGCCUCCCCUCGAAGGGCUAACACUACUCUGAGCGAACAGGACACCAAAAAGAGACACAGGGAAAAGGAGAAACAUUUUCAAAAUAAGAAAAAUUACGAAUUUAAAAAACUUGUGUCGUCCACCAUUAAUACGUGCCACCCGAAAAUUAAAAGCGCAAAUGAUACGGAGGAUAUUCUGCGCAACAUGGAAAAAAUUUCCCAAAUUGUCAUCCUGGAUGAUAGAAGGAGGGGAAGCGGCGCCAACGAGUCGGAGGAGGAGGAAGAGAGCGCCAACAGCCUCUACGACGAUGUGGAUAACAUCCUGGACGACCGGAAAAAAAUCUACAUGAAGAAAAAAAAUGAAUACCUUAUGAGGAAGACCCAAAGGGAUGGCUUCACGGACACGGCGGAGAAUAAAAAGGGGUCACAAGAAAGCGGCACGGGGAACCCAACCGGUGAGCAAAAAAGCAGCGCCGGGAGGACCACCCCCGCUGAGGCCAAAGCUGCAAAGGCAGAGGGAGAGGCAGAACGAACCGAUUUCAUGUACUACCUAAAUCACGACAUGAUAGAGCUGAAUGAAAAUGUGUUCAAAUUGUACCACGGGACCUGCGACUACACCCACCGAAACCUGUGCGCAAGGAACAUCAUCAACAUCGUGCCCCACCUGCACAACAUAUAUGAGCGUAAAAAUUUGAGCUACAUAAAGGACUCGCCAAAUUUUCAAGAAGUAUACAGGGUUGUCCCCGAGUGGAAGAACUCCUUCGAGAUGCUAAACAAAAAAGCGCAACAAGACACAGAGGAUAUGAAAAAUGUGCUCAGAAGGAUCGAGAACAUCCAAAAUGAUUUGGACGAAUUGGGGAGAGAUCUCACAGAAGAUAAAAAAGAAUUUGAAAAUAUAAAAUUCGAAACGGUGCAACACGAAUCGAUGAUAACCAAUUUGGAAAAGAAAAGUAAAACACUCAUCAAGGGAGUACUCAAAUUAGAUAACAUGUCCUUUAAGUUAAAAAAAAUACAUAACAUCACUACAAAUAAUAUGAACAAUUUUACCAUUGUGGAGUAUGUAAAUAGGUUGCUAAAAUAUAUGGAUGGUGCUCUCACCGAUUAUUCGCAACUCUUUUCAGAGGAGAAGACGAUGGACAUUCUGCGAUUCCAGCCGAUAGAUAAUGUGUAUAACUUUCUCACAAACACAGAUGAUGAGUCCUGCUUCAUUAUGAGUCUCCUGAGAGAGGAGCUAAAAGACAUGAUACUGGAGAAGAAAGAGCAAAUGCAAAAUAUUAUCAGGAGGACCACGCUAUACAAUGCGUACGAUACGAACAGCUACAAGGAGCACAUCACCAACACGCUGAAUAAACAGACGCUAAUUAUAAAUCGGCUAAAGUGCAACAUCCACAGUAAUGUAAUUUUGCUCUUCCAAAUGUAUGAAAAGUUUGCGAAAAAAAAUUUGAAAGUUGUAAAAAUUGGGGAAAAUCAAAUAAAAAAUUACCUAAAUGAGGAAACGAAAGCGUCUUACAUUAUCAAAUCUGUUAAUGAUAAUAAUAAAAAAAUCUCCAAAUAUUUUAACUGCAUUAAUUUUACUCGGAACAAACCAAUUAUUCAUCCCUUCUUUAUACACUUCUGUUUAAGUGACAAUUUUGUGCAUCAUUUUAUUACCUUCAUUUUGGAUCCCCUACCGGAUGAUCACCAGAAAAAUUUCCUACAGUAUUGUUCCGUGCCUGGUUUUAAUUCCCCAUUAUUUGUUGAAAAAAUUGUUAAACUGUACAGGCAGGAAGAGCAAUUUACCAAAAGUGACACGACGUAUGACUUUAGGUCUGCCUACUCUAGAAUUAUCCUCCCCGAUUACCCAAACGUUUGUAAUAAUUCCUACCCUAAUCAGCAGUACGAACGAUGGAAUGAAGAAAACCAGUACUUGAUAGCUUUGAAAACGGCCUCGGAUUGCUGCUUCAAAUCGCUGCUAGAGAACAACCAAUUUGAUCACCUCUCCUCCAUGGACUCGAAUAACGCCUUCAAUUUGUUUCACUACAUACCGGAAGCGAUAACAAAUAUGAGCAGCGGUUCGGCUGUUCCUAAUCAAGCGAGCUACUCCCCCCUUCAUAGUAACAACAAUUUCAAUUUCAGCAUGAGCAGCGGUGGUCCCCUCUCCUUUGGAAUGGCAAACUUUGGUGCUUCCAACAAAUUCGGGCUCUCUUCCUCAUUUGCUAACAACAGCAUGAUGGUGAAUAACGGCUCCGCGCUCGGUAGCAGUGCUAGCGGGAUGUUUGCGCGGAGUGGCGGAAACCCCUUUCCCGCUUGUGCUUCUUCCCCGGCUGGGGUGUUCGGCAGUUUUAAUGCAGCCCCCACGACGAGUGGUAUGAACCAGUUUGGAGGUCCCUCCCAGUUUGGCAGCCCGAGCAACACGUUUAACCCGAGCAGCGCCAGCUCUCUGAGCGUGAGCGGAUUUAACCAAAACAGAAGCAACUCCUUCGUUGGGGGGAUGCUGGGAAGUGCCAACUCGGUGGCCACUGCCGGCAACGCGACCCAGCUGGGAGGCAGCUCCAGCAUGUUUGGGGGCGCUGCGAAUACUUCAGCUGGCAUGUUCGGAAGUAACUUCAAGCCGGGCGUGGCGAGCAGCAUGUUUGGGAAUAAUCCAGCCGGCAAUGUAAGCGGUAAUGUAAGCGGCAAUCUAGCCGCCAGUCUAGCCGCUAAUCAACCCGCUAACCAACCCGCUAACCAACCCGGCGGGGGGGCGAGUAACCUGUUUGGAGCCGGCGGAAGCGCGAGCAGCGGGAACUUCUUCAACAGCGGUAGUGGCAGCGGGGCGUUGGGAAUGUCAACCAACACGGGACUGUUUAACCAGGGCAGCAGCGCCAACACGAAUUCCCCCCUCUUCGGUGGCCUCUCCUCAAGCAGUGCAAACAUGGCGAAUGCGCAGUUCGCGAAAAGCGGGCAAAUGGGCUCAAGUAAUUUAUUCAACAGCGGCCCCAGCGCGGCGGCCGGCAUGGGCAUCAGCAGCCUAAGCAACAACAGUGGCAACAUGUUCGGCUCGCUUAACAAUCAGUCCAACACGAACAUGUUCGCUAGUAACAAUAAUAGUGGCACCCCCUUCGGAAAGAACUUCUCCACUGGGAGUGGCUCUCAACUGAAGGAUAGCAUGUUCCCAUCCGCUCAGCCAUCCAGCAGGAACCAAAUGAUGAGUAGCAAUUUCUUUUCCGCAAAUAAGGACAUGAUGAGUACGGCGACGAAUAGUGGCUCUUUUUUUUCGAACACUACGGGAAACACCCCCACAGGUGUGAAUAGCGGCGCGUCUGCAUUUGGAAGUAAGCAGAACUUUGGCACGCCCGACAUGAUCUCUGGAGGAAUGAACUCAAGUCAUGCCAGCCAAAGUGGAAACCUCUUCAAUAGGGGUGGCAUGUAUGAUGGCCAAAUGUCAGCCGUUCCUGGGGCCACCACCUUUAACAACCUCAGUAGCAACAGCGGUAGCAGAAUGGACAAUUCCCUUUCCGCCAACAAGUAUGGGAACUACUUCCAGAAUAAUGGCCCCUCCAAAAGCAACAUCUUUGCUGCAGGGGCGAAUAACCUCUCAAGCGGCAGCAACACCAGCCUGUUUCAAGCCAAUUCGAGCAAUAAAAAUAGCCACAUGUUUAGCAACCCCGGUAGUAACAACCCCCCCAUGGGAAGUAUGUUCGCCAGCAGCGUCGGCAGUGGCAACGUGGGCGGUGGAAACCUCAGCAGCUUAUCCUAUAACAACAGCGGCAAUAGAAAUGCCAUGAGCAACCUGCUGAGUGCCCAAAAUAACAGCCAGUUCAGAUCGCCCCUAGGAAUGAUGGGCGGAAACAACCCCCCCGCCAACAACAGUAAUAACUUGUUCCUGCCUAACCACAAUAAUUCCUCCUUCAUGUUCCCAAAUCAAAAUAAAGGAAUAAGUAACCCCACGACACAUGAAAAUAAAUUGUUUCAAAAUGCAGGUAGCAGUUUUCUCGCCAACAACAAACCCGGAAUGGCAUCACCGUCCAACAUGUCCAGCAUGUCCAGCAGCUUCUUUCAGAAAAGCACCUGUUCUUCUCUCAACCAGAGCAAAGGUUCCAUGCCAACGUUUGGCAGCAGCAGCAACCCCGGCAACUUCGGGCUGGUCAACCAUAACGCCGGCAUUAUGGGCGGCAACAUUGGUGGCAGCAUGGGUGGCAACAUCGGUGGUAGCAUCAGUGGCAACGUCGGUGGUAGCAUCAGUGGCAACAUCAGUGGUAGCAUCCCCGGCAGCAGCAAUGUUAACCGGUUCCAGCAGAACAGCUCGUCUAACUUCCCCUCAGCCUUCAGCCCCUCUAACAAGGGCAACACCAUCUUUUCGAGGUAA